UUUGUUAGUAUAUACUGUUACUGUUCUUGUUUGUUGAAGUUGUUGUUGAGAUCUGUAUUGUUUUGGAGCUUGUGUUGUUGCUGGUGAAGUAACUGAGUCAACUCAGUAAUAGCUGGAAGUUAUCUGUGAAGUACAGAUGAAGGAAAUGGUAGUUUAUGAAGGUGUGGAUUCAGAAUUUGAUAAGGCUGUUUUAGGACUUAAACAACAGCUUAAACAUGAUGAGGAGGCUUUAGAGCACAAAUUGGUGAAAUUGGAGUCUAGUAUUGAAGUGGCAAAGCAGUUGAUGGAGAAAUUCCUGAAAAUGAAAGCUAAGGAGCAGGCAGCAGGGGGUAAAACAAAAGGUGUACAAGGUUUACAACAUCUGAAACUCACUUUUCCUAAGUUCAGUGAAGAAAAGGAUGUGGAAGACUGGUUACAAGACUGUAAUCAGUACUUUGAGGUCUUUGGAGUCAAUCACAGGAAGAAGGUGACAAUUGCAGGUAUGCACCUGGAAGGAAGUGCCAGGAGUUGGUACCACCUCUAUUCCCUUCAUAAUUCACUCUGUGACUGGGAGAAUUUUGCUGACCAGUUUACUCAAAGGUUUGGAAUGAGGAAACAAGAGUUGCUGGUUGAGAAAUUCAAGCAACUAAAGCAGAAUAAUUCAAUGGAACAAUAUUACACUGAAUUUGAAGGAAUGGUGGGGCAACUUAAGGAAAAGAUUCCAUCUCUGACAGAAGAAUAUUUCUUAGAAAGUUUUAUUGGAGGAAUGCAGGCUGAAGUACAACAAGUCCUCAAAAUUUUGACCCCUAAAUCUAGAGAAGAGGCUUACAAGAAAGCUAAGUACUUAGAGCAAACCAGAAAGGGUCACAAAGGGAAUAUUGACCAACAGCCAACCUCAGGUAAAGAAAACCAGGCUGCAGGUCAAGGUAAAUUGUUGCAGUUGGAGCCAAGGGCUCCAGAAAUAUUGGGAGUAAGUACAGGAAAGGUCACAGAACCAAGCAGGGCCAAUGUAACAGUCACAGAAGAGUCCAUCACUUCUGAGGAAGGGCAGACUCAAACUCAGCAGAUAGAAGUGUCUGUACAUGCUAUUGAGGGCCUUAAGGGAAGUCAGACUAUCACCUUGACUGGGUAUAAGAAUAAGAAGCAGUUCUCUAUUCUGGUAGAUGGUGGUAGUACCCACAGUUUCUUGGAUGAGAAGACUGCUUCACAAUUAAAAUGUGAGCUGGUCAAAACUAAACCUAUGAAAGUAAUGGUUGCAAAUGGCAAUCAAUUGGUUAGUCACUAUGAAUGUCAGGGAUUCUCUUGGAAUAUUGGCAAACACAAGUUUCAGACUCCUGUGAAAACUUUGCCCAUGGGAAGCUAUGACCUGGUGUUAGGGGUGGAUUGGUUGGGAUCCUUAGGUCCUGUCACUUUUGAUUUCAAGAGGUUAGAGAUGAAAUUUCAGAAGGGAGAGGAAAUCAUUGUGUUACAAGGAAACCAAGGUUCUGAUAAACCCAGGCUACAUCAAAUGACUGCAGAUCAGUUUGUGAAGAGUUGUGAGAGGCAAGAACAUGGACUCCUGUUUAUACUAGAUGUGGUUCACCAGCCAGCAGGAUCCCUACUUUCUCUUCAGUCUGAGGAGGGUAACAACAAAUCAGAGGGGAAUAAGGAGCAGCUCCACCACUUAUUGCAGGAGUACAGUGACAUCUUUAAAGCCCCUGAAGGGUUGCCUCCUGAGAGACAAAUAGAGCAUUCAAUUGACUUAAAAGAAGGCUCACAGCCUUUUUCUAUAAGGCCUUAUAGGAACUCUUAUAACCAGAAAAAUGAGAUUGAAAAACUAGUGGCAGAAAUGCUAGAAUCUGGUAUAAUCAGACCAAGUAGCUCACCUUUUGCAUCUCCUAUUUUACUAGUAAAAAAGAAGGAUGGAAGCUGGAGAUUUUGCAUUGACUAUAGGAAGCUAAACUCAAUGACUAUUAAGAACAAAUUUCCAAUUCCACUGAUUGAAAAGCUGUUGGAUGAGCUUCAUGGGGCUAAGUACUUCACCAAGCUAGAUUUAAGAGCUGGAUACCACCAAGUCAGAAUGAAGGAAAGGGAUGUAGAGAAGACAGCAUUUAGAACUCAUUUGGGGCACUAUGAAUUCACUGUGAUGCCCUUUGGCCUCACCAAUGCCCCUGCCACCUUUCAGAGCUUAAUGAAUGAAGUUUUCAGGCCUUACUUGAGGAGUUUUACUCUGGUCUUCUUUGAUGAUAUCUUGGUCUACUCUAAGACCAAGGAAGAUCAUUUGGUACACUUAAAGAAGGUCUUCCAGUUGAUGAGGCAAAACACUCUAUUUGCUAAGCAAUCUAAAUGUGACUUCAUGACUACUAAAGUAGCUUACUUAGGACAUGUCAUUUCACAACAAGGGGUAGCUGUGGAUCAAGCCAAGGUUGCUGACAUGGUCUCCUGGCCUCUGCCUAAGAAUUUAAAAGCAUUAAGGGGAUUUUUGGGCCUGACUGGCUACUACAGGAAAUUUGUGCAGCACUAUGGAACUAUAGCUAGGCCUCUGACAAAUUUAUUGCAGAAGGAUAGUUUUCACUGGAAUGAAGAAGCUACUAAAGCAUUUCAGGCUCUUAAGAAGGCCAUGGCUAGUACUCCUGUAUUGAGGUUACCAGAUUUCACUAAAGAAUUCACCAUUGAAUCUGAUGCUUGUAAUUCUGGCAUUGGUGCUGUGUUGACUCAAGAGGGCCAACCAUUAGCUUAUUUCAGCAAAGCAUUGGGGAUAAAAGGACAGGCAAUGUCUACCUAUGAAAAGGAAUUGAUGGCAUUAGUAGCAGCAGUGAAGAAGUGGUCUUCCUACCUAAUGGACAAGCAUUUUACUAUUAAGACUGAUCACUGGUCUCUAAAGUACUUGACUGAUCAAAAGAUCAGUAUUCUGUUGCAACAGAAAUGGAUCAGCAAGUUAUUAGGCUAUGACUACACUAUUGUGUACAGGAAGGGAAAUGAGAACACUGUAGCUGAUGCAUUGUCCAGAAGAUUUGAGGAUGAGUCAAGUGGAGGUGCUGAUAACCAUGAGGACAUGGCUGCUGUUAAGGGGGAAGGAUUGUCAGGCAAAGCCUAUAGGAAGUAUUAGUAUAUAAGUACAAGUGCAGGGCAAGAAUGUCUUUUAGUCAUUCUAUUCUGUGCUAGCUAUAAAUAGACUUGUGUGCUGUGAAUAUGCAUAUUAUGAAAUACAAAACUUCCUUUCCAAGUUACUCUCUCUCUUCUCUAAC